GCCGCUGCCGCCGCCGCUGCCGCCGCGGCCGCUGCAGCUGGUGAUGCGAUUCGCCAUUGGAUUAAAAAUAGCCUGGUCCCCCUCCCUGCUCUCCCGCGCCCCGCCCCGCCCGGGCUUUGGCCGCCUCGCGCCGCCCGCCUGCCCCCGUCUGCUCGGCCGCCCGGGCCCUGCAGCCCCGCCGCCCUGCCUCCGCCUCUCCCUGCGCCCGUGCCGGUGCCUCCGCAGCCGCCUCCUUCUAGUCCCCCUCGUCCUCGUCGUCCUCCUCCCGCGCCCGGCUCCCGCGCCCGGCCCCCGCUCCCGCCCUCCCUCCGGCCCUCCCGCGCGCGCGGAAGCAUGCAGCGGGCCGCCCUAUUCGGCAGCCCUGGCGGCGGCCCCGGCGGCGGCAGCGGCCCCGGUCCGGGUCCUGGCCCCGGGAAGAUGGCUGCAGGAGACCUCGGGGAGCUGCUGGUCCCUUACAUGCCCACCAUCCGCGUCCCCAGGUCCGGGGAUCGUGUCUACAAGGCGGAGUGCGCCUUCUCUUACGACUCCCCGAUUUCAGAAGGAGGUCUCUAUGUGUGCAUGAAUACGUUCCUGGCCUUUGGAAGGGAACAUGUUGAAAGGCACUAUCGGAAAACUGGACAGUGUGUGUACAUGCAUCUGAAAAGACACGUGAGAGAGAAAGUAACAGGGGCAUCUGGUGGCGUGUUACCAAAAAGGAGGAAUACCAAGCUAUUCUUAGAUCUAGAAAUGACUGGAGAUUUAAAUAGUGAUGACUAUGAAUAUGAAGAUGAAGCCAAGCUUGUUAUAUUUCCAGACCACUAUGAAAUUGCAUUGCCAAAUAUUGAGGAGUUACCUGCACUGGUAACAAUUGCGUGUGAUGCUGUCCUUAACUCAAAAUCUCCGUAUAGGAAACAGGAGCCGGAUUCCUGGGAAAAUGAACUGCAAGUUUCCAAACAUGCCAAUAACCUCAUGCAACUGGACAAUGGUGUCAGGAUUCCUCCCAGUGGCUGGAAGUGUGCCAAGUGUGACUUGCGGGAGAACCUCUGGUUAAAUCUGACUGAUGGUACCAUCCUUUGUGGAAAGUGGUUCUUUGACAACAUGGGGGGAAACGGGCAUGCGUUGGACCACUACAAAGAAAUGGGCUACCCCUUAGCAGUGAAGUUAGGAACCAUUACACCAGAUGGGGCAGAUGUUUAUUCCUUCCAAGAAGAGGAAUCUGUUCUAGACCCACAUUUAGCCAAGCAUUUAGCACAUUUUGGAAUCGACAUGCUUCAGAUGCAUUCGACGGAGAAUGGCACGAGGGACAAUGAUGUCAAACCCAGGAUCAGUGAAUGGGAAGUCAUUCAGGAGUCGGGAAUGAAACUGAAGCCCAUGUAUGGUUCUGGAUACACUGGGAUGAAGAACCUGGGAAACAGCUGCUAUCUCAGUGCGGUCAUGCAAGCCAUCUUCAGCAUCCCCGAGUUUCAGAGAAUGUAUGUGGGAAACUUGGCAAGAAUAUUUGACUACUCUCCUCUAGACCCAACACAGGAUUUCAACACACAGAUGGCUAAGUUAGGACAUGGCCUUCUCUCAGGCCAAUAUUCCAAACCUCCCAUGAAAUCUGAGCUCAUUGAACAGGUGAUGAAAGAAGAACAUAAGCCUCAGCAGAAUGGGAUCUCUCCAUGCAUGUUCAAGGCCUUUGUCAGCAAGAGCCACCCUGAAUUCUCCUCCAACAGACAGCAGGAUGCCCAGGAGUUUUUCUUGCACCUGGUAAAUCUAGUGGAGAGGAACCGAAUUGGCUCUGAAAAUCCAAGUGAUGUUUUCCGGUUUGUGGUAGAAGAACGAAUUCAGUGCUGUCAGUCCAGGAAAGUUCGCUACACGGAGAGGGUCGAUUAUUUGAUGCAGUUGCCAGUGGCCAUGGAAGCGGCAACAAACAAGGAUGAGCUGAUUGCCUAUGAGUUGACCAGAAGAGAAGCGGAGACAUCCAGGAGACCGCUCCCAGAAUUGGUCCGGGCCAGGAUUCCUUUCAGUGCCUGCCUUCAGGCCUUUUCUGAACCAGACAAUGUGGAAGACUUCUGGAGCAGCGCCCUACAGGCAAAGUCUGCUGGUGUGAAAACAUCUCGCUUUGCUUCAUUCCCUGAGUACUUGGUAGUGCAGAUAAAGAAGUUCACUUUUGGUCUUGACUGGGUUCCGAAAAAGUUCGAUGUCUCCAUUGAUAUGCCAGACCUCCUUGAUAUCAACCAUCUCAGAGCCACAGGGUUACAGCCCGGAGAGGAAGAGCUUCCAGAUAUUGCCCCUCCAAUAGUCAUUCCUGAUGACCCCAAAGAUCGAUUGAUGAACCAUUAUAUGGAACCACCAGACAUUGACGAGUCCUCUGUGAUGCAGCUGGCAGAGAUGGGUUUCCCUUUGGAGGCAUGUCGGAAGGCAGUGUACUACACUGGAAACAUGGGACCUGAGGUGGCCUUCAACUGGAUCAUUGGCCAUAUGGAAGAGCCUGAUUUUGCCGAGCCGCUUUCCCUGCCUGGUUUUGGAGGAAGUGCUGCUUUGGGGGCCACUGCUUUUGGUGCUAUUGGAUUGGAUAACCAGCCUCCAGAAGAAAUUGUAGCCAUCAUUACCUCCAUGGGUUUCCAGAGGAAUCAGGCCAUUCAGGCAUUAAAGGCGACGAAUAACAAUUUGGAGCGGGCCCUGGACUGGAUUUUUAGCCAUCCUGAACUGGAAGAAGAUAACGAGUUUGCUGCCCACAUGAUGGAGAUGGAGAACAACGCCAAUGCUAACAUUAUUUCAGAGUCCAAGCCAGAUGGUCCCAGAGUGAAAGAUGGAUCAGGAAGGUAUGAGCUAUUUGGGUUCAUCAGCCACAUGGGACCGUCCACCAUGAGUGGCCAUUAUGUUUGUCAUAUCAAAAAGGAAGGCAGAUGGGUGAUCUACAAUGACCAUAAAGUAUGUGCCUCAGAAAGGCCCCCCAAAGACCUGGGCUACAUGUACUUUUACCAUAGGAUAUCAAGCUAGGCCUCUGAUAUACUUCUUACCCAGAAGAUGCCAUAUGCCUUCACAAUUUGCCAAAAAGAUAAAAAAAAAGGAAAAAAAAAGAAAAAAAAGAAAAAAAAGGAGAAGAAGAAGCAAGACAAAGGAAAAAAAGUCGGGGCUGCCAAAUGCCCAGGAAUCCAUGCGGUAUUUCUAGAUUAAUUAAAGAGCCCCCUGGCUUUUGAAUGCCUUCUGGAGUAGUAGUCAGCAAAUUUCUAUUCCAUCGUCCUAGACGACCGAUUGUUUUCUUUUUGUAAACAUCCGAGGAAAUAAUGUUCAGAAGCUUCCAGAUUGCCAAGUGGGCAAGCAGCCCAAAAGCCAAAAAUAUAAAAGGGCUUUGCAGUGGAGUUUGAGCCCUUGUUGGGCUUUGUGAGCCUGGAAUGACCGUUGGAGAUCUUCACGGAAGCCAAAUCAUGUUUCCCACUGGCAGGGCUCUGCUGGACCCUAUGAAAAAGCUCCAUAUUACCUCAUAUGGAAAAAAAUAGAGGUGAUCUCACAUUGGCCUUAGAUUUGACCCUUCCCCCACCUAAUCACAGAUAAUAAAUUCUGAUCUAUCUAUGUGUAAUAUAUUAGAUCUGCCAUGAAAAUAUUUUAAAUUUGAGUCAAACCAAUAUUCAUAACCUAAUUUUGUGUGUUUGUACGUGUGUGUGCAUAUGUGAGAGAGACAGACAGACAGACAGAUAGACAGAGAGUGAGACUGUAUUGUUGAAAUCCACUUGAAAUCCAAUGGUUGAUUUAUUUUUAAAUGUUGAACCAUUUGGUAUUGGGUGUGGCCAGAAGAAGCAUCCAAGCCUUUAAAGGGAUCUAUACCUCAGGAACAAUCAGAACUCCCUUUUCCACUUAGAUUUCAAAAGUGAAGUGGGGGGCAUCCAUUUAGCUGCUAUGAGUAAUUCCCCUGGAUAAGUGACACCCCAGCUCUCCACCACCAUGCAUUCCCAGCAUGUUCUGAUGCUUUGCCCAAGGUGGUAAAUUGUUUCAAGUCUUGGCAAAAGCAUAGGCUCCAUUUCCAAGAGAAGUGGCUAAUUGAUUCUCAUGAAGUUCUCUAGUGUGUCCUCAUGGGUCAGCUCCCCAGGACCUUGCAGAGCCCACCCUCAGACCAAUGGUCACAGCCCUCUCUGCUGGGGCAUUUCAUCACCCUCCUUUCCCCCCCCUGUGUUUUCUGAGUUCUUCUUUUCAAUUGUUCUCCCUUUCUUUUCCCCUGGCUUCUUUUCCCCUUUGAUUCGUUUUGGCCAGCAGAGAUCAUGGGAAACUUAUAGAGAGCAGAGUGAAUUCAUUGAUUACUAUCUUAUGAAAAGACAAAUCUAAUGAUUUCCAUAGGUCAGUAUGUUAUUGUAAGCCUGGGAUCAGAUCAUAACCUCUGAGGCUAUUGGAUUUGUAUUAAAGUCAUGUGAAACAUGACCUUUUUCUCAUGUUCACUCUGCUUUGCCCUAAGUUUCUGAGUAUUCGAUGUUUAUACUAUUUGGUGAACUUCUUACUUACUCCUCCAAGUGAGCCGGGAUGAAUUAUUCUGGAUAAAACAGAACAGAGUCCAAUUUCCACUGUGUACCGAAUCAGAAAUAGCCUUUUGAUCAUCAGGACCCAGACAUUCUCCAGGGAGAAGAGUAACAGUAUGGGUCAUCGGAUUGGAGAUUUAGAACUUGGAGGACCUCACAGGUCAUCCAAUCCAACAUCCUCAUUUUACAGAGUAGAAAAUUGAGAAGAUGUGACUUGUCUCAGGUCAGACAGCUUUUAAAGUGGGAGAGCCAGGAUUUGGUCCCAGAUCAUCAGACUCUAAUGUUCUCCAUGCUGCAUCAUUGUGGUGAAGGGAGAAAAGUACACCAGGCAAAAUGUCAGAUCUGCCCUGCACCUUCCUAGUGACAGUGGGCACAUCCCUUAACUUUUCUACACCCUGAUUUUCCUCCUGGAUCAAAUGGGGAGAAUUAUUCUUUCUCUCUCUAGUUUGUGGGAAAUUGAGAUGAAAUAGUUGCCCUGGUACUUAAAAUGAAACACCUCUGCAAUUGUUAGGUGACAUCAUAAGCUUGUAAUGGAUCCCCUCUCCCUUCUCUCAGCAGAUAGCUUCUUUGACUUUAAAGUUAUCAGUUAAAGCCAGGUCAAUGGAGAGGAUAUUUUUGCCUUCACUACCUGAUUUCUUGGCAUAAUUGCUGGUGUAAAAUGACAAAAGUCAAUGGCACCUUUAACAUGCAAUUGAUUCUUAAACAACUUGAAAGUAACUGGUCCCCUGAGGCAGAGUGAAUAAUUCUUUUUCUCUCUUCCUCCCUUCUUCCUUUCUUCCCUUCCUUCUUCCUUUCUUCCCUUCCUUCCUCCCUUCUUCCCUUUCUUCUUCCUUCCUUUCCUUCCUUUCCUUCCUUCCUUCCUUCCUUCCUUCCUUCCUUCCUUCCUUCCUUCCUUCCUUCCUUCCUUCCUUCCUUCCUUCCUUCCUUCCUUCCUUCCUUCCUUCCUUCCUUCCUUCCUUCCUUCCUUCCUAAAAAAUUUGGUUCAGAGUGUGAUUUCUUCAGCAUGGGAAAUUCUUUCCAUCAGCAGGGAUCAGUGAUUCCUACUUUCCUUCUUCCCUUCCUUCCCUCUCUCCCUUCUUCCUUUCCCUUUCCCCCUCCCUCCCCUCCCUCCUUCUUCUUCCUUUCCCCCUUCCUUCCUUUCCCCCUUCCUUCCUUCCUUCCUUCCUUCCUUCCUUCCUUCCUUCCUUCCUUCCUUCCUUCCUUCCUUCCUUCCUUCCUUCCUUCCUUCCUUCCUUCCUUCCUUCCUUCCUUCCUUCCUUCCUUCCUUCCCUCCUUCCUUCCUUCCUUCCUUCCUUCCUUCACUCCUUCCUUCCUUCUUAAAAAAUUUGGUCCAGAGUGUGAUUUCUUCAGCAUGGGAAAUUCUUUCCAUCAGCAGGGAUCAGUGAUUCCUACUCUUAGAGAGUUGCCUGGGGCACAUAGAGGCUAAGUGACUUGUCUCUGAUCAUACAAUUAGUAUGUGUCAGAGGCAGAAUUGGAACCCAGGACUUCUUGAAGACACAAUGGGAAAGGGGAAGGUUCUCUGGUUUUGGAGUCAGAGUAUUUGGGUUCAAACCCCUUUUCUAUCACUGACUGUGACUUUGGAUUAGGUAUUUCCUCACCUGUCAAAUGAAGAGGUUAAACUAGAUGACCCCUAAGGUCCUUUAAUAGCUAUCGAUAAUAAUAGCUAGCAUUUAUAUAGUGCUUUUAGGUGUGCAAAGCACUUUAUAAAUAUCUCAUUUGAUUUUCACAAUAACCCUAGGAGGUAGGUGCUAUUAUUACUUCCAUUUUAUAGAUGAGUAAACUGAAGCUAAGUGGGGUUAAGUGAUUUGUCCAGGGUCAUGCAGCUAGUUAGUAAGAUAAGAUUUGAACUCAGGUCUUUCUGACUCCAGGCCAAGAGCCGUAUCCACUGCACCUUUUAGCUGCCAUAACCUUAGAGCUUAUUUAAUACAAGUCCCUCCUUUUACAGAUGAGGAAACUAGGGUCCAAGGCCACUCAAGUGCUUAGCAGCACAGCCAAAGCCAAGACCCACAUCUGCUUGACUUCUCACCUUAGCCCUUCCCUUUCCUGCCUCCCUGAUUGUAGCUGUAGAGUAGAAAGGGCCACCAGACUUAAUCCUCUCACAUUACAGAUAAGAAAACUGAGGCCAGAGGAGGUUAGAUUAUAUGCCUAAUGUCACACCAGUAGUAAGUGUCUAGGAUAAGACUUGAUCCAAUUUCUCUGCCUCUAGCGUCAACCAUAGUCAUUCUGCUUGCUAUGCCAGCCACCAGAGAACAAGAUUUCUUUUAUAAACUAGUCAGGAGGUCAGACUGAUUUUUCAACAUUUUGGAUGGGGGCAGGGGAAUUUUUUUUUUCACAGAAAGCCUUUAUUACCACAAGGGGAAAUAAUAAAAUAUCGGAGAUCACAAAAGCUUUGGCAGUGAAUUUGGAGGAAAAAAUGGUGGAGAGGAGGAAGGGAGGAUGGGAAACCAAUCACUUCCACUCUUUAGAAGGGGAGCGAUGCCUGGGAGCUUUUAAAUGGUGGAUGGCAAAACAUUCAAAAUUAUUUUGUUAAAGAAUGCGGUAGUACAGUGUAACCAACACAGGAUUUGAUCCUGGCUCUGUCCCAGAUUCUGUAUUGGUCCCUGGUCAAGUCCUUUCCUCUCUUAGGGGAAAUAUACUUAUCUUUACAAGGAGGGAGAGAUGUGGUCUGGAUGACUGGUAUUUUAGGUCCCUUCCAGCACGGGGCUCUUGGGAUGGGACUCUAGAUCUUAAGGUAAGCAUUUUCUGGGGCAUAGAGACAAAUGCCCUUGACCACAGUCUGUAUAAGUUGAACGAAAUGGGAUUUUAUAACACCCUAUUCUGGGAUAUACAACUUCUUUCUAAAAGUAUUGAUAAUGGGAUUCAAGGUAAUAGCAGAAAAACGUUCCUUUUCUGUCUGACCCUACAAUUGGGACACGAGAGCACAAAUAUUGCUUUUUAUCUGCCUUAUGAAACAAAGGGCUGUUUCUACACAGACAAGCUUUGCACCUGUCCACUCCCCAACUAAGUCCCAGGAUGUGAAAUCUUGAUUAGAUUAUGUAAAAUUGACUUCCUUUCUAGCUUUUUUUAAAAAACAAAAACAAACCAACUAACCCCCUCUUCUAGUCAUCUGAAAAACAUGGCAGCUGUCCCAGGAGUAGACUUGGAAUGGACCAUCCAAUCUUCCAUUUGGAUAGGAACUGAACUACAACCAGAAACUGGAAUUUUAUGUGAGAGAGACACAAUUAGCACACUGGAAAGUUCUCUGGGUGAGCAAGCGCUCUCAUCACAUGGCUACUGGAAAUCUCUUUAUGUAAAUACCAUUUGCUAUCCAUCUGUGGGGAGAACCAGAGCUACCAAAGAAGUUGCCUCUGGAAAACUUCUACUUUCAAGUCAUUAUUCUCUACACGAGGAGGAGGCAGAAUGGAGAAAUGGAAGACCACCAGAUUUGGUAUCUGAGGACCUUGAUUUGCAUCCUGGUUCUGCUGACUCUUACUUCAGUGACCCAGGGCAAGACUCUUCCAAUCUUUGGACUUCAGUUUCUGCAGUACAUUAUGUUUCAUUUUUGCCUUGAGGCAGUGAAAAGAGUGUUGGACUUGGAGUUAAAAGACCUGGGUCCCAGUUUUAGACAAGCCACUUCAUUUCUCCAGGCCUCAGUUUCUUCGUCUUUAACAUGAGGGGGUUGGACUAGAUGGCCUUGGAAGGUCUCUUCUAGCUCCAAAUUUUUAAUCUCUUCUGACUUAUAAAACCCACAGUAAUCUAAGAAUCUAUUUUGGUCUUAUGUGAUGUAUUCAUGAUCUCUUUAAAGAAGGGAGGGAAAUAGAAAAAAAUUCAACAAACAUCUAUUAAACACCUACUAUGUGCUGAGCAUAUAGGUAGACUCCUCUUUUAGUCACUUAAUAGGACAUCCAAGGUGCUUCAUUGUAUUAGGCCUUUUCAUGGAGAUCUGUAACGGGAGACUGAGUCUGGGGGAAUGUUGGCUAUUAUUUUUAAUUGUUUCCAAGUUCUGGGACUUGGUGGUUGUUCUUUUCCACUAAUAGAAUGGAAGCUCCUUGAGGGCAGGGCCUGUUUCAUUUUUUGGCUUUGUGUCUCCAGUGCCUAGCAUAGUGUCUGGCACAGAGUAGGUGUCUAAUAAAUGCUUGUUGAAUUGAA